UUCUUUACCUAUCACCCACGAACGCGACAACCACAUUACGCAACAGGCUCUCCUUUGUUAUCCUAGACACCUCGGUAAUCCUCUUCUUUCAUAACACUCGUCGUCUCCUUCUUCGCCUUCACUUUCGCCUACGUCUGCCUAUUCCUCCGUCUCCAAGGGCUCGUCAAUUGCCUACUCGCGAAGCCUACCGGCAAAGCCUACCGACCAAUCGUCAGCCGAGGCGCGGUACCGCUCCCUUCUCCCCUCCUCCUUCGGGACAACAAACAAGGGCCUCGUAGGGGGCAGAGGAAAAAAAGGGGGGGAGGAAGAGACGAGAAGGAAAGGAUGACUGGGAACCUGACCUCCUCCGGCCGCGGCGGCGCUGGCAACAUCGUCGACUCGGCCAAAUCCCCCAAGAUCCAGCCCGCCGACCUCGAGACGCCGACGCUCAAGACCGCCAUCUUCCCCACCGGCCGCGGCGGCUCCGGCAAUAUGGCGCCCAACGUGGACCCGGCCCUGACUCGGGCACUCCAGGACGUCGAGCCCGUCGAGCGUACACCUACUCUCGCCACCCAUAUCGGGCGCGGAGGCGCCGCCAACGUCGUCAGGACGACGACUACCGGCGGCUCCAGCAGCGAAGAGGAGGCCGCGACGCAUCUCCUCGGCGGUGGCAACGAGGGCGGCGCCGCCGCCGCCGCCACGGGGUCCCAGAAGAAGGAUGCGGGUCUGGCCACCAAGGCGAAGGAGUUGUUCAAGAAGGCCUAG